GUUUGUUUUGUGAAAAACAACAAUGACGGAGCUCAAAAGGUUGAAAAUUAUGCGCGGCCAGGUCAAGGCGACCAUGACUCGCAUCGAGCAGUUUGUCAACGACCCUAAUAGUUUAAGUUCCGCGUCACUGGAUACCUUGGAGGCUCGAAAGGAAAAGCUAGCCUCUUCCCUGAAAGAUUACGAGACAAUCCAACUUGAUAUAUUGAGCCUCGAUGACAAAGACGCAGAGGAUGCAGGUGAUUUUGAGGACCGUUAUUUUAGCACAAUAGCUAAAAUCAAUGAGACCCUCAGGUCUCUACGAGGGUCAGAUACGAUUCAAGCUGCUGGAGUCUCUUCUUCGAAGUUACCCCAUGUUGACAUACCAGUGUACAACGGUAAGGACUUUACCCUCUUCAGACCCUUUUAUGAAAUGUUCAUAGCAGUGAUUGAUAAAAACAAAACAUUAUCUGAUGUACAGAAGUUGUUUUACUUAAGAAAGUUUUUGUCUGAUGAAGCGCUAUCUGUCAUUAUAAACUUGCCUUUAGUCAACGCCUCAUAUCCAGAGGCAUUAGAAUUGUUAAAAAAGCGUUAUGACAAUAAGUCUAGGCUUAUCAUAAGCCAUAUACAUGUUAUCUUAGACAUCCCAUGCAUGGCUAAGGGAACUGCGGCCUCUAUAAGGUCAUUUGUAUCACAGGUACAACAGCAGCUGCAUGCGCUCAAAAAUUUAAAGGAACCUGUUGAUAAAUGGGAUAUGUUGCUUAUUUCUAUACUAUCCAGAAAGCUAGAUCAAUAUACUAGCCGGGCUUUCCAUUUAGAGAGAGACCCACAAGCUCUUCCAAUGAUGUCGGAGUUUAUUGCAUUUUUAGAAAGGCGUGCUAUGGCGCUAGAGGAUAGUUCGCCUCAAAAGAGUAUCCUAAAUGAGAAUGUAGGUACUUCCCAACUUAAAUCUUACCCCAAGGUUACUAAUGUUGUAGCAUCAUUACCUGGUUGUAAAUUUUGUACUAAACCUGGGCAUGCAAUCUAUAAUUGUGUGAAAUUUCAGGAAGCCUCUGUUGAGGACCGCUUGGCCUUUGUAUGGGCACUGUGAAUGACAUCUCGCUUUGUGUGGUAGGGCACAGGACAGCGGAUGUCAUUCCAGAUCUAGAGCAGAGCCCAACUGGGGAGGUACCUCCACCUUACAGAAAACCGCAGCCAAAUAACACUAGACCCUACUAAUAGUGUUGUGUUCCUGCCGGUGAGUAAGGUUGCCAGAGCUCGAGGGAGAGGAGUGUUAGGGUCGGCAACGCGCAUGUAACUCCUCUGGAGUUGCAGGCGUACAUAGGCUACGGAGACUGCUUAACAUCAGGCGGGCCGUAUGCUUGUUUGCCACCGACGUAGUAUUAAAAAAAUA